GGUGAUAAAAUACAACAAUUAGAGGCUGAAAUUAAAUAUAAUAGAGAUUAUAUGUUGAGAACUCCCCAUGAAGAUGAGAAACAAAAAUGUCGCAAAAUAAUUGAGCGAUUAGAGAAAGAAUUGAGGGGGUUGAGAGGUCAACAAAAUACUCCUUCACCUAAUUAUAGUAGUUCGAGUAAUAGCGGUUCAAAGAGCGGCAGUGGUAAUUACCCAAAUACUCCGAAUUUUAACACUAAUAAUAACGAGGAUAAAGAAAAAAAUAAAAAAAUUAGUCAAUUAGAGGAGGAAAUUGAGCAGUUGAAAAACAACAAGCCACAGAGUUCGCAAAAACAACUUGAAAAUCAGAGAAAAAUUACUGAAAAAGAGCAAGAAUUAUCUGAAUUGAGAAAAAAUGACGAGGAUAAUGACCUAAAUGAACAACUAAUCAAUGAAUUAAUCAAUGAAAUAGAGAGACUGAAAGGUGAGAAUAAAGGCCUAAAAAAUGAAAAAGGCAGGUUAGUAGAAAAAGUUAGUCGGUUAGAAAAAAUAGUUCAACGAUUAGAAAGAGAAAUUGAGGAAUUAAAGGCUGAAAUUCAAGAACUUAAAAAUAAAGAAAAUCGUUCUGAAUAUGAAAAUUAUUAUUUAAGUAGACAGGAAAGUAGAUUAAAUAGUAGUGAAUCAAAAUUAGAGCAGUUAAGAAGCCUUAUUAGCAGUAGUAAUGUUGGCCGAGAAAGUAAUAGUAAUGAUUUCCCAACUGGUUGA